UAUUAUUUCUAUAUAUUGAAACAGAAACGACGACCCAACAACAGAAUCAAGAUACUACACCUCCUAGCAAUAUUAAAACAGAAACGACGACCCAACAACAGCAUCAAGAUACUAAACCUCCUAGCAAUGGUGCUAAAUAUUUGCCUACAGAUCUAAAGAAUGCAGCAUGGGAAUAUAAUUACACAAAAGCAUCAGACAAUUCAGAACAAUCGACAAUUCUCAACAUCGCAACUACAACGUUACAAAAUUCUGUCAUCAAUUUAAACGCUUAUGGAACAACAAUCGACGAUUGGACUUGCAUUAAUAGUUUAAACAUCUCUAACACACAGACAAUUGUAGUUUUCAAAAGUGACACAAGCUUUACCACUGGACCUUUUUUAGGUAGCAGAAGGCUAUAUCUUUGUAUGAAAUUGACAAAAGUUACCAACGAUUUAUAUUACUUUUACCUUUUGUCAGAUAUUUUUACUGGGGUCACUCCGAAUGAGAGAGUGUUUGCGUCAGAAGGAGGAAACGCACCAGAUGAUGAUGCUCCGAUGUGUAGUACAUUUUGUAUAUACACAGACUCACCGAAAAUUCGCACAUUAAGAAGACAAGGAACUAGUGACGAAGUACCUGGUGAUGCAGCGUUAUGUGAACCAUGUGACAACACAUGUGAAGUGGAAGACGGAGUAUCCACGGAAGAAAAGUCAAAUGAAUCAGCAUCGAAUACAUCAUUACUAGUCGGGUUGACAUUUGUAGCGUUGGGACUUGUUAUGAUUGUAUUUCUUGCUAUCAUGUGUGUGCUAUUUAGAAGAAAAAGAAAAUCAACGUUUGGAGUGACUAUGAGGAAUAGCGACAAAAGCCCAGAUGCCUAUUACAGCCAGGAUAAUGAACUUGAGGAAGUAGAACAAAAUCUUACCGUAAAGACGUCAAGUGAUGAAAUCGAAAAAUCCAAGGGACUUGAUACUAAUACCCUGCCUGAUGGACUGGAAACAGUAGAUGAGCAAAAUGUUGUUAACUGUGAUACUGUUGAAACCAAAGCUAACGAGCAACAAGCUGUUGUAGGGAGACAGUCCGCAGAGAAGGAAAUAUUGGACAACAGUUCAUAAAAUCUAGCACAAUUUAUUACUUACAAGUCAGUUGUAAUUAUAACAAGUAACUGUAAAUGUAUCGAUAUUUAAAUGUUUAAAAUUGUAGCAAAAUAAAAUUAGGUAAAAAGAAAAUGCGGA